AUCUGGCUUCUUCUCUCCUUCGAUUUAGGGUUUCUGAAUUGCUUCCUCUGCCAAUUAGGGUUUGCGGUCUAGCAUUUUCUUUCAGCUCAAACCCAAAAACCUUGUCGCCUAUUAUUUCUUCAUCGUUACUCUACCCCGCGUCGAUUAAUCUCUCUCAGAACCGUCCAAGAUGAGGAAGCUCAAGUAUCACGAGAAGAAGCUUAUAAAGAAAGUAAAUUUCUUAGAAUGGAAAAGAGAAGAUAACCAUCGGGAAAACGAGAUUACGUAUCGUUACCACAUGGGCUCUCGUGAUGAUUACAAAAAGUAUUCAGGAUUGUGUAGGAUGGCGCAGAAACUGACGAAUAUAUUGAAACAAAUGGAUCCCGCAGAUCCUUUUCGUAUUCAGAUGACUGAUAUGCUUUUGGAGAAGCUAUAUAACAUGGGUGUUAUACCGACUAGGAAAAGCCUGGCUUUAACUGAGCGGUUAUCUGUUUCAUCCUUCUGCAGGCGUAGGCUAUCGACUGUACUGGUUCACUUGAAAUUUGCAGAGCACAACAAAGAAGCUGUGACAUACAUAGAGCAAGGACACAUUCGUGUAGGACCAGAAACAAUUACUGAUCCAGCUUUCUUAGUAACUCGGAACAUGGAAGAUUUCAUCACUUGGGUUGAUUCUUCCAAGAUUAAACGAAAGAGUGCUUCUUUUGGGUUCAGAACAGCUUCACCUUCUCAGAAGCUCUCUUCGAAACAUGUUGCUCAUAUUUCGCUGGCAACGAAGCUCAAACACUCUUCUCUAGCGUCGAUUUCGUGCUCUACUUGGAAUCCUGGCCAAAAUCCGACGAGGCACUCCGGUAAAUAUCCCGGAAUAUUCGCAUCUGCCCCCUCCAAUCUCACCUUUUCCCAUGAACCACCAGAAUCUGAAUCUCCGCCACUUGGAAAGGAAGUUGAGAUGUAUGAGUUUAAGGGAAUCCUCCCCGGUUUUCUUCAUCUUAUAUUGCAGAAGAAGAUGCGUGUGCUAGUUAAGCCGCUGGAGAAACCAAAGGUGGUACUAAAGUUUGUGUGGAUGCAAAAGGACAUAGGAGUUGCGUUAGACCAUAUGAUUCCAGGGUUUGGAACAAUCCCACUAAGUCCAUACUACUUCUGGCCUAGGAAAGAUGCUUGGGAAGAGCUCAAAACUUUGUUAGAGAGCAAGCCUUGGAUCUCUGAGCUUCAUCGCGUCUUCCUACUAAACCAAGCUACAGACAUCAUCAAUCUUUGGCAAUCAAGCGGUGGAGAUUUGUCUUGAUUGGAUUCACCAGAUAUGUCAAUGGAAGCAACUCAGCCAAUCUGUUUAUCAUAGGUAGUAAUGGUCGCAACUUUUCAAAGUCUAAAGCUUUUGUAUUGUUUAGUGUAUCAUUAGUGCUUUGUGAUGCCAAAAUCUGUUCAAUGGAUCAUCGAAACUCGAAAAGUGCAUGUCGUGAUGGAUUCAAUGUCGAAUAAGUGGUCAUUUAAUCA